UCUUUUAACUUUUAAAAACAGAGAUAAGAAGUUUUAGAUUUAGUUUGUUUUAAGAUUGAAAAAUUGAUCCACAAAAUGCCUAUUAUCUCUAAGGAAUCAGAAAAUAAAACAAAAACAAUUCUCCCCUAGUAGUGAAUAUCCGUAACAAACGAUAGCUCGUAUGGAUAGCCGUGACGUCGUUCAGCAGGGAAACAUGGCAGAGGCAGCUGUUGAAAGCCCUGCUGCAAGAUUUUUCUGUCAUAAAUGCUCAUUAGAAAUUAGUCCUGUAUUACCGGAUUACACAUGUCCUCGAUGUCAAGGUGGAUUUAUUGAAGAGGUUGCACAACCUUCUUUAGAACCUAGCGAAGAGUCUGAUGAUGAUAUUUAUGGUCAUGGCUCUGAUAAUAAUGAAGAAGCUGAUGCCUUAAAUCAAGUUGCCGAUCUAUGGAACAUGCUGACUUACAUUAGGCGGCCAGAUGACCAGCCUGUUAAUUUUAUGCAAAGUAGUAGUGGUAGUUCAUCACAAGAUGGCAGGGAAGGUAGGUAUAUGUCACGGCCGGGACCCUCUAGGCGGAACAGAUACAUCAGGGUUCAAGGCCGGCGCCCGAAUCAAGACCUUGAAAAUGCUAGGACUCGAACAGAAGGGUUUCUACAACAAUUAGUCAAUACAUUAUCAGAAAAUACAGGAAUGGUUGCUAAUGCCAGUUUCCCUGUAUUCCUGAAUCUUCAUAGUAAUCCAGGUGAUUAUGCAUGGGGUCGAGGGGGAUGGAAUGCUAUUAUUACACAAUUAAUUAAUCAAUUAGAUGGUACGGGGCCUCCUCCAUUACCUAAAGAAAAAAUAGAUGAGAUUCCUACUGUGAAUAUAUGUCAAGAUCAAGUUGAUAAAAACCUUCAGUGUACUGUUUGUAUGGAAGACUUUGAGGCAGGUGAACCGGUCCGAAGAUUAGCUUGCGAUCAUCAUUUCCAUAAUAAUUGCAUAAUUCCUUGGUUAGAAUUGCAUGGUACAUGUCCUAUUUGUCGGAAACUGCUUAAUGAUCACUCCAGUCAAGAUAAUGUAUUUUCCAGUUCAAGCAUGCCUGGUCCUGGUACAUCCCAACAGAAUUCAGAUAUGACCGAACCAGACAGCACGUCCAGAAGGAAUGACGCUUACAAUCCUCAUGUUCCGUCAGUAUAUGACUUUACAGAGGAAUAUGAUUAGCUCUGAGGAGCUAAUGUUCCUUGUAUAUAUAUACUGUAGAGACUUCGCUAUAGACUAUUUCAAGGAUUUUGUCUUUUUGUUUCCCUGUGCCUUCAUAGGCAAAAGUGUUAAAUUAUGAACUUUUCACAGUGAUCGCUCACAUUCAUUUUGGAGGAAAAGAACUGUUUAAAUCAGUGCAUCCACUCAAUCAUAUGAAUUCUUACAAUAAUAUACAUAGACAUAUGCAAUUUGUUCCAAGUGCUUGCUGUAGAGAGAAUUAACUUGUUAAAAAUAUAUUUUGCCAAAUUUUUGUUUCUUCAUUCUUAAAAUUUUUAGAACACCAGAGGAUUUUUAAUUCUUACAAUUAGUGCCUUGAUGUAUUCAUUUAAGAAAGAUGGGGGAAGGGUUUAUUGAAAUUUUGGGAGGAGAAAGAAUGGAAAUGAUGUCCUAAUCUCUUGAUUGGUUCAUUGCUACACAUUUGCUACAUUAUAAAUUAUCUUGUAUUAUAAUGUCAACAAAAUAAAGUACAUUACUUCUUUA